AUGCCCGUACUUCGACGAAUGAAUUUAGCUAUUUUGAUUACUGUCGAUGAUUUAAAUUGUAUCAAUAGAUCGUCACUUUUCAUUGAUGAUCGUCGAAUCGAUGUUCAAUUCGCUUUCAUUAUAGAUGAUACUUCUCUAGGUAUUCAACUAAGUCAUUAUGUACCACAUGGUAGUCGUUUUCAUCCACGACAAAUAGUUGGUGUGGUUGAACCAAUUCAAUAUAUACCUAAAGUAGAAGUAUUUGCUUUACCUUCAUCGUACUCAUCCAUUAUUAGUUCAUCCCGACUUCGUACACUUAGUAUAUCACAAAAUGACUCAUUACUAUCGAUUAUUUCAAUGCCUCAUGUUGUGCAAUUAGAUCAUAUUAACACAGUUCAUUUAUCAUUUCAUGAUUGGCCAACUGGUUUAAAUCUUAUGGCUCUUCGUCAUGUUAUAUUGACAAAUAAUCUCGUUGCAUUGAAAAACUUCUCCUCAUUUCCAUCUAAUAUUCGAUCUAUUCAAAUUCUAUUUCGUGCUAAUAUGCCGAAUUUUGUGUCAAGCAAUUGA